CAGCUUUUUUCCCGUCAAAUCUGGCUUUAUUUGAAGUCCCAUUGCGGGAAAAAUUCGAAAACGGCGGGUUGCGGGAAUUCUGGCUUAAAAAAAAUUAAUUUAGCUCUAUUUUAGCUUUAUUUACUUUUCACGAUUUAUUUUGUUUUUUUAUCUUUCUCAACACUGAAAAUUAUGAAUACAAGUAUCGAUAUAUGAUUUUGUAUCAUACAAUCAAUCUAUCGAACUCAUUUCAUGGUUUAAGUAACAGCUGCUUGUGCUUUAAAGUUUACUGCGUUGAAAAAUGUCGAAGGUAUACAAACAAAGUGUUCGCGAUGUGUGGCUGCAGGCUGACGAGUUUAAGGAUUGGCUACGGAAAGAUCUAACAGAUUCGACCAGGGCGUACUGCAGCUACUGCAACUGCGGUCUGACUGCAAAGCUGUGUGACUUGCGUGCCCACGCAUCAACAAAAAAACACAAAGGUGCACUAAUUGGAUUUGCACAAAAAGAAAAAAUUGAUUUUGGGCAAACUCCAUCGAAAACCACGGAGCAAGAGGUAGCACUUUGCCUCUUUGUGGCAAAGCACACCUCAAUUGCUCCCAUAAACCACCUGGGCAGUCUCUGCCAAACAAAAUUUUCCGAUAGUAUUACCGCGUCGCGCAUUAAACUUCACCGUACUAAAUGUACAUAUAUAAUAAAAAACGUGUUAGCUCCUCAUUUUCGUGAGGAUCUCAGAAAUGAUAUUGGAAGCGCUAAAUUUAGUUUGAUUUUGGACGAAUCAACUGAUAUAAGAUGCACUAAGCUGCUCGGUGUUGUUAUUAAAUAUGUUUCUGUGGAGCGUGGAGUGAUGGUAUCAAUGUUCCUCAGUUUAAUUUCUUUAGAAAGUGGGGACUCGUUUUCUAUAGUUGAAGGAAUUAAACAAGAACUUAGGAACUGGAAUUUGGAUUUAGUCAAUUUAGUAGGCAACGGCACAGACAAUGCCAAUUUUAUGAAUGGCUCGAAUCAAAGCGUUUAUACGGAGAUGAAGAAGGUAGCGCCUUCGCUCCUUUUAAUUAAGUGUGUCUGCCAUUCAGUGCAGCUAGCGGUAAAUCAUGCCUGCAAGCACUGUUUCCCACAGGGGUUGGAAUACCUCAUAUAUGGGACAUAUAAUUGGUUCGCUAAAAGCUCAAGCCGUCAAAUUGCUUAUAAUAGAAUUUAUCAAUGUCUUAAUGAUGAGAAGGUAUAUAUAAAUAUAAAAAACCCCUCGUGUUUGUCUGUAAUACCCCUUUUGUAUUAUCACUUUUAA